GUACCCACAUUAGUAGAACGUUCAUAAUUUGUGUGCGGAAAUGAUUAGGUUACAGAGAGGUCAGAGGGUAAAGGCUAUUCACCCAGGACUCUCGAUUGUAGAAUACACAGCCAUCUUGGAUCUACGAGCAGAAGGGAAAUUAAUGUGGUGACAAACGGAAUGUUCAGUGCUACGAGAAAGAAGUUUGUAGAGGGGGUCGAAAGUGACUACCCUGAUGAGGGCAUGUACUACAGCCAGCCGUUGCCGUUCUCACAUAGGUCGGACAAAGACUUAAGCGCUCUGUCUGCUCGAUCACACGUCCCUAGUACAGCUCCCUUUGAACUUGAAAUGCUCUCGUCUCCCUCACCGUCGUCAUCAGGUCAACUGUCCCAGCUUGGUGCCAGUUUAUACGGCCCACAGAGUGCACUAGGCUUCUCGAUAAGGGGCAUGGGAAACAACACUCAGUUAAACCGCAGCUUAACGCAAGGCACCCAGCUACCGAGCCAUAUCACCCCCACCACGGGGGUGCCCACCAUGUCCCUCCAUACCCCGCCCUCGCCAAGCAGGGGGAUCCUGCCGAUGAACUCGAGGAACAUGCUGAACCACUCCCAGGUGGGCCAGGGCAUCGGGAUGGUCAGCAGCAGGACCAACAGCAUGGGCAGCUCAGGGCUGGGCAGCCCCAACCGCAACUCCCCCAGUAUCAUCUGUAUGCCCAAACAGCAGCCUGCACGGCAGCCCUUCACCAUCAACAGCAUGUCAGGAUUCGGGAUGAACCGGAACCAGGCGUUUGGGAUGAACAACUCGUUAUCAAGCAACAUCUUCAAUGGCACAGACGGUAGUGAAAACGUGACGGGGCUAGACCUGUCCGACUUCCCUGCUUUAGCAGACAGGAGCCGGAGGGAAGGAAGCGGAAACCCAACGCCGCUACUCAACCCACUAGCUGGAAGGGCCCCUUAUGAAGCCUCUUCUCUUCAUCUCAUGACCUCAUCAGUUGGCAUGGUGACGAAGCCAUCGAAUGAGCCGACGCAGGAUUUCUCCAUCCACAAUGAGGACUUCCCUGCACUGCCUGGUCCCAACUACAAGGACCCCACGUUGAGCAAUGAUGACAGCAAGACAAACCUAAAUUCUACAGGCAAGAGCACAUCCAGUGCAGAUGGGCCUAUGUUCCCCGGAGACAAGACGACCUCAGCACAGAACAACAACCAGAAGAAAGGGAUCCAGGUGUUACCUGACGGGCGGGUGACGAACAUUCCCAGGGGAAUGGUGACGGACCAGUUUGGAAUGAUCGGCUUGCUGACAUUUAUUAGAGCGGCGGAGACGGACCCAGGCAUGGUGCACCUGGCACUGGGAAGUGACCUCACAACAUUGGGACUCAACCUCAACUCUCCAGAAAACCUGUACCCCAAGUUUGCUUCCCCCUGGGCAUCAGCACCGUGUCGACCUCAAGACAUUGACUUCCACGUCCCGUCUGAGUACUUAACCAACAUUCACAUACGGGACAAGCUGGCAGCUAUUAAACUGGCUCGUUACGGUGAAGAUCUGUUGUUCUAUCUGUACUACAUGAACGGAGGAGACCUGCUACAGCUCCUGGCAGCAGUAGAGCUCUUCAACCGGGACUGGCGGUACCACAAGGAGGAGCGGGUGUGGAUCACGCGGGCGCCGGGUAUGGAGCCCACACUAAAGACCAACACCUACGAGAGGGGAACCUACUAUUUCUUUGAUUGUCUUAACUGGAGGAAGGUAGCCAAGGUAAAGGAGUUCCACCUGGAGUACGACAAGCUAGAAGAGAGGCCCCACGUCCCGUCUACCUUCAACUACAACCCAGCCCAGCAGGCCUUCUGAGGCCCAAGUACAGUAUAGUCCCAGGAGUACUGCUGUCCCUGCACCCCUCCCUCCCAGCCUGAGGAGGGUGCUGUGGCCCAGGCAUCCAUCCUGGUUUUUAUUCCUUGAGGAUCUGGUUAAAAUGACUGCAGAGGAGGUCCUCACCACUGCAUAAGGGUGGGGAAAACUGAGCCCUGCCUUUCCCAAAUUAUGUGCUGCCCAAACACCCACACUUGUUCUGUUUUUAUUCCUUUAAUGUCCUUGUUUUUUGAGGUGGGAGUUGAGCAGGGUCUGUGUUUUGUUUACCUCUGAAUCAGAAGACUGACUAUACCGGCACACUUUACAGUGACAAAACAAGGGUUAUUAUGACACAUUUUUUCAUCAACAAAAAAGUGACAAAGGCGGGGAAGGCUAAACCAACAAGUACCAUCCCACACGUGAGAACGAAAGGGUCCGGAAGAAAUGCAAUGUUCGUUGUUGCACUAUUUAGUAAUAAAAGAACACAAAGAUUGUUUGUGCUUUUUUAUGUGAAAACACUUCCUCCUGUUUUGUUUUGUAAAGAUCAGCAGCCUGUCUACACCUCUCUCUUUCCAUCUCUCCUCUUGUAAAUUCCCUCUUUUCUCCUCAACCGGCCCCACAUCUUUCUUUCCUUUUGACGGGUAUUUUCUGUCUGGCUUCAAAAUAGACACAGAUCGGAUACUUUUUUAGUGAAUGUUCUCACAACCUGUGGACAACCCGUACAAGGGUUGUUAGAAAACCUACCCAGCUUCAUUGUUCCAGAGCAAGCAAAACACUUUCCAGUCUUUGUUACGAUUUUGUAAUAAACGUGUAAAAAAAAAAAGUAUUUUUAUGUUUGAACAUCACAUGAAUACUGAUAUGUAUGUAUGAAUCUGUAUAUAUUAUAUAUAUAUGUGUGUGUGUGUGUGUGUGUAUAUACAUAUACAUUAUAUAUAUAUAUAUAUAUAUAAUGUGUAUGUGUGUAUAUAUAUAUAUAUUUUGGAGAAAAAAAUUGCUCUGCCUUGUACCUUGUUUUUAGGAGGUCAGCGUGGAUGCAAUAUGUGGAUAAAAUUGGACAUUUCUGUAUCUGCUGGACAGGGCGUCGCACUCGGAGCCGUGAGCACUUACGACGAAGAAUUACAAAUAAAAAAGACAAACAAGGAAAUACCUGAUUCUUCUGAGCUAAAACAAGGAAAUCCACCCCCCCAAACAAACCAACUAAUCAGUCUAAAGCAAGAGGACAGACUGACACAUUUCACUUAAAGCUGUUUAAACAGCAGCAUUUCAUAGGAAAUGGAAAAGUGAAUAAUUUUAAGAAUAAUGAAUACAGAUCAAUCUUGUAUUUUCUGACGUUCAAAGCCUCUUUUCUUUGUAAUAAAGCGGAAAAGGCUUUCCUGAACUACAA